CAAGUCCUCCUCGUAUUGGUAAAAAAAAGUUACAGCAAUUUAGUAAUAAAGUUGCUAAAUUACAGAGCCCUAUCAAGCGCGAUCAAAGCGUUUUUAACUGACGUGGCACGGCGUGGGCGUGGCUUAGCAUUGUCAACAUCCUGGCCAGAUAAACUGGUUUCUCCAAAAUGGCGACGGGCGACCAGAGGGAGGCAGGUCCGGACGACCCGGAGAGCGACGUUGAGGUGUAUGAAGUCGUGGACCUGACAGAAUAUGCCCGGAGGCAUCAGUGGUGGUGCAGGGUGUUCGGGAGCAACUCGGGCCCGAUUGCUGAGAAGUAUUCCGUGGCCACUCAGAUCGCGAUGGGAGGGGUGACUGGAUGGUGUGCCGGUUACGUCUUCCAGAGAGUUGGGAAGAUCGCUGCUACCGCUGUCGGUGGAGGGUUCCUUCUUCUACAGAUUGCCAAUCACAGUGGCUACGUGCAGGUGGACUGGAAGAAAGUGGAGAAGGACGUGAACAAAGCAAAGAAGCACCUGAAGAAGAAAGCAAACAAAGCAGUCCCUGAAAUAAACACAUUCAUUGAGGAGACCACAGACUUCAUAAAGAGGAACAUUGUCAUGUCCAGCGGCUUUGUCGGCGGAUUCUUUCUGGGUUUGGCCUCGUAAAGAUCUGAUGCACGCGCCACAGUCUCCACUUACUGUGAAUCACAUCGCUACAUAGGUCACUUUCCUCUCCACUGUUUUACCUCUCGAGACCCCUCGUGUGCAUUGAUUUAUCUCUUAAUGAACUGAAUGAGGGGUUAUGUUGAGCAUUAAAGCAUGAUCUGUUGUGACGAUGGUACUAUGUUCUAGUUUUAAAUCAAUUGCAGUUACUUAUUUCCAAUUUGAAGUGUGUAUGAGGGGGGGCAGUAAAGAAUUAGGGUUUUUGGAUUGUACCGCAGGACUCUCUUCUUGGGCGCCCAACAUGCACGCUGCCUGCCAAACUGCUAAAUAUGCCAUAAACUUGCACAGUGGUGUCUCGAUUGUCCAUCCCCUCAUGCAUUCGCCUGGUGGAUGCUAAUCUUAUGUUGUUAAUAAAUUGGCACGUGUGGGCGCCACUGAAAGUAUAUAGCCAGCCCCCUUUUCAGAGCUGUAAAUACCCACACAAGAGAAACGAUUGUAUAAACAUCACUGAAGGCUGGAAAGUGGGAAGUUAACACUAUUUUUAAAGUCUUUCACACUGGCUGGAGUACUUUCUCCACUGUUAUUGACAUACAACACAUCACAUACAUAAAUCAGAGCCAAAUGUUAUUUAUGUAUUUUAAAGUGACCACGAACACAAAAACAGAUUGUGUAUUCCCAUAAUCCUCUGCUCCACAAUGCACUUUCCUGACAGGACGAGCGUUUGCUGUACAAGAGACACACAGUCCUGUCAUUAAAGAGCAUAAUGGAGCAGCGGUUGUGAUUCCUCACUUUUGUCCUUGUGCAUUUAGUAGUUAAAUAUCCACAUCAGACACACAGUGUAGAUCACAAGUUGCUUAUUUUUGUUUUUACUUUUUUGCCUUUUUCUACCAGUGCAAUAUACAGUAAUGUUUCAGAUGCAAGUUUGGUUUGAAUACCUUUUUUUAGUGUCUCCAACUUGCGUUUUGUUUGCUCAUAUUCCCUCUGUUUCUAAUGUUGUUCUGAUCAUUUGAGCCGUAUGAACUUCGAGUGUCUUUUGAGAAAAAGUUGCCAAAUUUUGUUUUGAGUAACAAUAAAAAAAAUCAAAAGUU